CCGAUGUGCUAUGCCAAUUAGGCCACGAAUUAAGUAUGGAUACAUGCAAGUUCCUACUGUUUUCAAGGUUCGCGGUGUCUGUCGCAGGGCGACGAUGUAUGACCACGAUGAAGAGUAGAAUGGUGAAGGCGACAACUAAAGCUGCAAGAACGGCGCGAGACACGGAAGACGAUCGCGGAGGAAUGCGUGGAGCGGAACAGCCCUUUACGCCGCUGUUGAAGACAUCUUCAUGGAAUCUGCCCGGAAAGUGGCCGCUUGAUUCCCAAGAGCUGCAGGCGCGACAACGUCUUCUGCUCCCCGCGACAUCCCUCUCCUGCGCUGAAAUUAUUCCGCCGACUGCGCACCGACAAGCAUCCACCGUGACACCUGAAAUCUACCAGCAACAGCCAAGUCCAACACCAGUGGGAGUCUACGGGGCAAGCGAUGGCUCCCAGGUAGCAUCAUUCUACAAAGACCGGGUGGUGCUCAUUACAGGAGGUACAGGGUUCGUCGGAAAGGUUCUCCUGGAAAAACUGCUACGAUCUUGUUCCGGGCUGGAGAGGGUUUACCUACUCGUGCGAAGUAAAAAAGGACAAGAACCACAAGCGAGACAUGAGGAAAUGUUCAAGUCACCGAUAUUUGAACACCUAAAACAGGAGCAACCAGAAGUUUUUGAAAAAGUCACGGUACUGACCGGAGACCUGGUUCAGCCAGACUUGGGGCUCAGUGCAUCUGAUCGGUCCACCUUAGUGGACAAUGUUUCCAUUGUCUUCCACUCAGGUGCCGCUAUCAAAUUCAAUGAACCUCUCAGGAAAGCAGUUGAAGUCAAUCUUUUGGGCACAAGACGAGUUCUUGACCUCUGUAGGCAAAUGCCAAAUAUUUGCGCUCUUGUUCACGUGUCAACAGCGUAUUGCAACUAUGAUAAAACAGAUGUCCACGAGGUGAUAUACUCGCCAUGUGAAAAUUACCAAAAGAUAAUAGAAGAUUAUCAGUCAGCAGGCAAAGAUGCGACGGGCACUACGGAAGAAUGCUUGUAUGGCCAUCCGAACACGUACACGCUGACCAAGAGUUUAGCCGAGGCACUGCUGCUCGAAGAACGGGGGGACACGCCCGUCGCCAUAGUACGGCCUUCCACCAUCACUGCCUCGUUGAGAGAGCCACUUCCGGGCUGGGUAGACAAUUUUAAUGGCUGCACUGGCAUCGUCGUUACGUCAGGUUUGGGCCUGCUACCGGUGCUCCUUACGGAAAAGAAGAACCUCGCCGACAUUGUUCCAGUGGACAUUGUGGCAAAUACACUUAUAUGUGUCGCCUGGCACACUGCUAAAACGAGGCCAACGCACGUGAAAGUGUACCACUGCACGAGCGGUACCCUGCAACAACACACGUGGGCUGAGCUGGUUGACACGAUGCAAAGAGCCAUCUUGCGACACCCACUGCCAAAUGCCAUCAGCUUUCCAAAGAUUGCCGUGACCAACAGCCAGCUGUGGUACGACGCCAACCUCUACUGCCGGCGUUAUCUGCCUGCACUCGCCGCAGACCUGGCCUUGCAGCUAACUAGAAGAGAUCCAAGAUUCGUGAAGAGUUACAAGAAAGUUCGUAAAAGUAUGGAUGCUGCACGCUACUUCGUGAUUCACGGAUGGCUUUUCAGAACGACCAAUAUCAUGAGGCUCAUGCGUGACCUCACUCCCAAGGAUAAGCAGAUGUUCAAUGUUGAUAUGCGGAGCCUGGACUGGUAUGCGUAUUGGGAUCAAUACUUGCUGGGAAUUCGCAAGUAUAUAUUCAAGGCCGAAGAUUCAGAGCUUCCAAAGGCACGGAGGCACUUGACACGGCUCUACGUAGUACGUUUGUCCUUGCAGGCGCUCCUGCUUGCUUUAGCGUGUCAACUGGUGAUGACGCAGACAGCGUGGAACUUCAGCUCCACGGCGAUGUUACUUGGUAUAAAGACGUGGAAAACGCUCCUAGUUCUGUUGGGUCUGCCACCGAAACCGUAGCAGGCAAUGCAACAGCUGCCCCUUGCAAAAGCUUUUGCACGUUCUUGUAAAAAGCCUACAGACGUGUUUGUAUUAGCUUUAUAGAAUCUGUAUAAG